AAAGUUUGAAAAUAAUAGGCCCAUUUUCUUCAGAAUUUGGUCUAAGAUUAUAAAAUAAACCUAAAAAGGCCAAGUAAUGCCUAAAAAGCCCAUUUAUUGGGGCCUUAGGGCCAAUUUUUUUUCUGGGCCCACCCAAGGGGGUAGAAAUCUGCCCCCUGCCAGUGUAUACCUGCCUUGCAAUGAAGGGAGAAUCAUAUUUCCAGUGAUACAUAUAAAUUCUAUAUUUGAUCUUGUAUGUUCAUUAAAUCCCCGCGAACCCAAAAUCUCCGUAAGUGGAACACCUCCUAAGUGGAACGCUUUUUGGCAGAACGGAGGGUGUUCCACUUACACAGGUUCUACUGUAAUAUGUAUAUUUGUAAAUAUUUGCAUGAAGGAAGGAUAGAAAAUGAAUUUGUGAUUCAUGGCUUGGAUUUUUACACCUUUCAUUUGACAUCUUCCAUUCAUGUUGAGGUGAACUGUUAAACUUGUAUACUGAGACUUUAAACUUUCAAGUUGAAGUAAACAAUUUAGAGGUCAACAAUUGUUUCUAG